AUGGUAUGCGAAGGAAGUGGCACAUACCAACAAAAGGUUAGGAAGUUGAAACGAGAUGAUACUGGAUCGAGAAAAUACAACCAUCCCAUUGUAUGUCGCAUUCUGCCGGAGGAAAGGGAACUUGUUUCGGACAUGACAUUAAACAUGGUGGCUUUGGAAAACAUUCUCAUAACUUUGAAACAGAAAAAACCUCUAAAUGUUUCAAAUAUCAAGCAAAUAUACAAUGUACAUGCUCGAGACAACAAUGUGGUAAGAUUGCCAAGAUCUGAGAUGCAAAAACUAUUAAAGACUUUGGAAGAUGAAGACUAUGUAUCAACGACAGAGCUGUGA